CGCUGUCAUAGGGUGGUGGGAGGUUCCAGCUGAUCCUAAAAGACCCCGAUUAGCUGAAGCGCGCCAGAGGAGAGACUGCUGACAGUGGAGCUGCGGGUGAGAGACUUCCUGAGGAAAAACAGAAGAUUAUUAAACAUUUUAUACAGAGCUGCAAACUGGUCCUGUUACGAAAAUGCCUAGCACUCGUUCCCAGAGUCAGCCAACCCUCCAGUUCCCCAAACGCAAGUCUUCCAGGGUAAUCCAAAAGUCCAGCUCCAAGCGUUCGUCUCUGCCUGAUACUGAGAAUGCAGUUCGAGACCUUCCUUUGUCUCCCAGAAAGCCACACUUGGUGGAUGUCCGAACAAUCCCACUUUCUCCCAGAAAGACAAACCUGGCAGACCUCCAUACCAUCGCUCUCUCUCCCAGAAAGACCAGUGCUGAUGUCCAAACCUUCCCCCUCUCACCCAGAAACCCAGUGCUCAAAACCAGCUCUUUGGCUGAGAGACUUCCCCUGAGCCCCCGCAAACGCACAGGCGAUGAGAACGGAUGCAACCUGCCAGCGUCUCUGCAGUGUUCUCCUCCUAAACAGAGGCGCCCCUCUUUGGGCUCCCCCCGCAAACUUUCCUUCAAUGAGAAUGCUCCAGUCUUCGGCUCUCCUCCUCGUUCUACCCAGUCACCUUCUAAAAUCCCCCUCUCGCGUCUUUCUGCUGCUUCUCCCAAACGUUUGCAGACCGUCUGUGCUGAUUUAGGGUCACCAGCUAAAGCUGCAGUCUCUCAGCUUUUUGCUGAACAAAAGUCACACUACCAGAGUGUGAAGCAGUCUCUGCACACAGCUGUGCCUGAACGACUGCUCUCUCGUGAAGCAGAGCGAGCUACCAUUGUUUCGUUCCUGGAGAACCAUGUGGUGCCUGGCAAGCCCUCCAGCCUGUACAUCUCUGGAGCACCAGGGACGGGGAAGACAGCCUGCCUAAACUGUGUGCUUCAGGAACAGAAGGCUCUGCUGAAGGGAGUGCAGACUGUGGUAAUUAACUGUAUGACCUUGCGUAGCUCCCAUUCGAUCUUUCCUCUGUUGGCUGAGAAGUUGAAGACCUCUAAAAGCUCCAGUGGUGGUAAACUGGAGAAACUGUUGACCAGUUCAGGGCCCACUGUGCUGUUGGUUCUGGAUGAAAUGGAUCAGCUGGACAGCAAGUCCCAGGAUGUUCUCUACACCAUCUUUGAAUGGCCUUAUCUUUCAAAGUCCCGCCUGUGCCUCAUAGGUAUUGCCAAUGCGCUGGAUCUUACAGACCGUAUUCUGCCCAGGUUGCAGACAAAGCCUCACUGCAGACCACAGCUCCUCCAUUUCCCACCAUACAGCCGCCAAGAGCUAACUGCCAUCGUCCAAGACAGGCUUGCACAGGUAUCAGGAGAGGGUGUUUUGGAUGGUGCUGCUAUCCAGUUUUGUGCCAGGAAGGUGUCAGCCGUGUCAGGAGAUGCUCGCAAAGCACUGGACAUCUGCAGGAGAGCCGUUGAGAUGGUUGAGUCCAACAACAAAUCCAAAGAGGCAUCAGAACCCGCAGCAAAUGCUAAAGCAUCACGCGUGAGUGUUCCUCAGGUGGCUAAGGUCCUGUCUGAGGUGUAUGGAGACAGGAUGACAAGUAGUGCAGGAGGAGAUGGAGAAAGCUUCCCUCUACAGCAGAAGCUCCUGGUCUGUUGCCUGCUGCUGCUCACACGCAACGGCAAGAGUAGAGAGGUCCAGUUAGGCAAGCUGUGUGAGGCCUACAGUAAACUGUGUAAGCAGAGGCAGGUCAGUGCAGUGGGACAAGGUGAAUGCCUGUCUCUGUGCAGCCUGCUGGAGAGCAGGGGUAUCUUUUCUCUGAAGAAGGCCAAGGAAGCACGACUCACAAAGAUCUGUCUGAAGAUUGAAGAAAAGGAUGUGGAGAAUGCUCUGAAGGAUCGUGCACUGCUGGGCAGCAUCUUGGCUGCAGGCCUUCCUUAAAUUUUUAAAGCUCUGAUUUCCCUCACCAUGUGAUGACCUCAUUUCAGAUAUUUAUUUUUGUAAAUUUUCUUUUAAUGAAUUGUUUCUACAGCCCAUAACCUUAUGAAAGGUGUUUUUCCUUUAUUUUUUUCUUUUAAUUGUACAUUUAGUGUUUUAUAUUAAAUGUACAGUAUGUUUUAAUGAAGUCACGUCAUUUUUGUGUAACAGUUUCAACAAUUGUUUUGCAUUUUAUUUUAACAUUCGAUGUAAAUAAAACUGGGUGACCUCCAUGAAACUGGAACUGUCAGUGUUUUUGUCAGAUUUAGAUAAAGGUAAAUUAUGCAAGUUUGUAACGAUCAAGUGAUGAAUGAUUCACGAACCUGUGUGUACAGUGCUUAUACAAAUUAUACACCCCCCUGGAUGUUUUCCACAAAGUUAAGUAAUGUAAAUUAAAUUCCUAAUGUAAAACA